AUGCGUCCUGUGCGUGGCUUCACCGGCGAACAGAAUCUGCAGCAGCGGUGCCUCCGACCCAUCUCGGCCGUCCAUCUUUGGCAGCGGCUCUGCCAGCGUGUCCAUAUCGUCUAUGCUCGACCCCACCGCAACGUAGCUGUACGACCCGAGAAACAGGGGAUUGCUCCCCCAUUGAGUCCUCAACACCCUCUCGAACUUCAACCGGGUUUCAGUCUCGCCGCCGGCAGAAGGUUCGACACGGUGGCUUCGAAGCCGCUGAUAAUCUCGUCCUCGUCGAGGGACUCGAGCUUUAGGGCCUCCGGGCCGGAACGACGUUUUCCGGAUCCACUCGGGGAUUUCGGGGCUCCGGAGCUCGGAAUCCGGCGGGUGGAAGAGCAUCUGAAGGUAAGGGAAGCCCGCGGCGCCGGAGCCGUCGACGAAGACCUUGUCGACCACACCGUAGCCGAGGCGGGAGAUGGCCCGGGUUUUGAAAUCCGGCAGCGGGGGGCUGAAGAGGCUGCAGUCUCCGGCGAUCCCCUGUUUCAGGACGCCGAGGGAGACAGUGACGAUGACGUGGUCGGCGGUGACGGCCGACCCGUCCGCGAACCGGAUCUUCACGGGCCGGUCCUCGAGGCUGAUGGCCGGACCGGCCCGCCACUCGAUCGCGUCGACCCGGCGGCCCAGCUGGAUCAUUCCGGCCGGGAGGGCGUAGGCGAGGGAGUCGACGACGCUGGAGUAGCCUCUGGCGAUGGUGAUCUCCUCCCCCGGGAACAUGACUCCAGCUUGCGGAGGUCGUCGGCCGAGGUGAACGUCCUCUGUAUCCCUUCGUGCAUCGCGAAGGCCGCCCGCUGGAGGGACCUCCGGCUCCAAUUUCCGACUAGCCCGUCUUCGUCGCCGCGGCCGUCGGCCGCCCACGCCUACGCUCAGGUUGCCGCCGCCGGAGGCGGCGGCGGCGCAGUGCUUCAGCACCUCGUCGCCGCGGACAGCGGCGCCGCCGCCGGAGGCCGGCUUUCCCUGGACGAAAUCCAUGAGAUCUUCGAAGAGGUCGGAGAUGGGGUUGACGAAGGAGGGGCCCAAGAUGUGGCCGCCCUCGGCGGCGGUAAGGGGAGUGUGGGUGGGGCCAUCCAUACACUCCCAGGGCUGGUCGGAGUGAAGAGAGUUCGUUUGGCGGGCAAUAUCGUAGACGGGGCUGCCGUCGAUGCCGUGGAUCCAGGUGGCGCCCUGCUCGAUCCGGUCGCCGCAGAACGACGCGGUACUAACCCGUCCGCCAAUCCGGUCGCCGCCUUCAACCACCGUGAGCUCGAAGAGCUGCCUCGAUUUGGGGAAGGCGUGGAGCUUGCUGGCCGCCGUGAGCCCAGCGACGCCGGCGCCGAUUAUGACGAUUCUUGGCUUUUUGCUCACCAUUUCUUUAACGAAAUCAUGCAAACGGAUUUAACUAAGUAA